UUGAAAAUCCAUUAUGGCAUCACUAGAACAGUUCAUCUUUAGAGUCAAAUUCUCUCUCUCUCAACUGCAGAUGAAACAGAAACACAGAAAGCUUAGCUAAGUGGCCAUCAUGUUCUCUUCCUAAUUGAGUCCUAUCAAUCCCCAUAGCUGCCUGCUCCACACCACAAUACAUCAUUUAGCACCAGAAAAAAAAAACACAAAAAUACUUUAUUCCGAUAAAUAAUAGAAAUUAAAAAGAAAAAUGUCUUGGCUCUUCAAGUCCAACCACCCCGACCCAGAAUCUUCUAAUCUCCACGACUGCACCGUUAUCCACUCGUCUUCGCCGCCGCAAGCCGCCGCAGAUCGCCACGGCGUCAAGGACGACAUAUCGCAUAUUUUCCGCGGCGUCGCCAACUUCCUCGCUCCGCCGCCGUCGUCUUCCUCUUCUUCUUCUUCUUCUUCUUCUUCUUCUUCUUCUUCUUCUUCUUCCUCCGCCUCCGCCGGCGAUUCCUCCUCCUUGCAAGCUCUGACCGGAAUCCGGAACGAUCUCGUGGAGAUCGGCGGAAGCUUCAAGAACUCUCUCUCGCGCAUUUCCUCGAACAAAGCCGUCACCGGAAUCUCCAAGUUCGCUUCUCAGUUGUUGCAGUUGGAGCCUGAUCAACAACGGAGCAACGAUGACGACGCGGUGCCUGGAACCACGAAAGAUAUUGUUCGUUUUGUGAAGGAGAUUUCUGCGCGGCCUCAGUGUUGGACCGAAUUCCCCUUGCCGCUCCAUAACGCAGAUUUUAGCAUGUCCAAUUCUCAGAGAGAACAUGCAUUGGCUAUAGAACAACUGGUACCUGAAUUCAUCGCACUAAGGCUGAAUCUUUGCAGUUACAUGAAUGUGGAAAAGUUUUGGAUGAUCUAUUUUUUGUUAAUACUUCCAAGACUAAAUCAGCAUGAUUUUGAGCGCCUAUCAACUCCCAAGAUUGUUGAAGCAAGAGAUGUGCUUCUUCAGAAACUAGGAGAGAGGAAAAAUUUGCAAGCCGGAGAACCUGAAAAACCAAGGACUGUGGAUACAUAUCAAGAGGGUAGGGAGGACUCUGAAAGAGAAAGUAUCUCAUCUGAACAAAACCAGAUACUGACUGAGGUUACAAAUGCAGUAGAGGGUUUAGAAGUUGAUGACACGAUUAGCUCUGAAAAAUGGUUGGGAGAUACAGAUAUUGAUGCUAGUUCAUUGGCUUCCUGUACAAAACUUCAACAGGAAGAGGACGUCUCAUUCAGUGAUCUAGAUGAUGAUAGGAGUUAUAGCUCUGACAAAUUAUCAGGCUAUAGGGAGGCACAUGACAUCAGGGGUUCAUCACCUGAAGGUGCUACUAGUGACUGGGUUCGGCUGCGUAAAAGUUCUGAGAGUGAUGGCAGGAAGAAGGUUAUCCGUGUAAAGGGUAAGGAUUCAGAAGAUGAGUCAAAUGAUUGGCUCACUGUUGAUGAUUUCAAUUAGAUAGUCUUUUCUUGAUUUACCAAGUUCUAAAGGUUCAAUAUUUCCCCCCUUCUCCGUGGUUCUGUAUUUAGGGAGUACAAAAUUAUAUAAAUUCAAGUAUUUCACUAUUUCUUUUCUUAUUCACACGUACAUAUUUCUUGUUUGUACAAGGCUACCACUGUUGGGCAUUGCGUAAACAACAUUCAUUUGUUCAAACUGUACAAUGCAAAUAAAAUCAAGGAUUUCAAGAAUAAUUGUAA